AGGGAACAACCCGAAAAAGGCAACAUUUGUGCGCCUUACUUGCGAUCUUUGCAUGCCGUAUCAAGACUGAAUAUGGCACUUGUAACAGACCGCGCGAUAUCGAAGCGAAAGUGUUAGUGAUAAUGGGUGGCAAUCGAAAGUUGGCCGAAUGAAAGAGGGUGAAAACGAUGAUACUGCGGUUACAAGUGGUCGGUAGCGGCGAUGUGAUAAACGGAACAGGUCUAGCGUAAGAAGCAGGGCCACAGUUUCGUACAGUUCUCGCUGGUUCAAACGCAACCAAAGAAACGGAAUCGCAGUGCGGACGGUGGCGAAGCUUCGAUGGCGCAAUCAUUCACUUGGUUUCCGGUAAACCAUCUUGGUAGCCCUAAGAACAAUGAUCGGCUCCACACCCUAAACGAAUAUCCGCCAGUCCCACUGUGCUCAGUAAACGAUGUGCAGCUCCGUUUUCUCUGCCCCGAUGAUCUCGAAGAAGUUCGAACUCUGUGCCAGGAUUGGUUCCCGAUUGACUAUCCGUUAUCUUGGUACGUGGACAUAACUUCAAGCACGCGCUUUUACGCACUGGCAGCAGUCUACAACUUCAGCAUCAUAGGACUAAUCGUGGCGGAAAUUAAGUCGUAUAAUAAACUCAACAAAGAGGAUCGUGGAAUUUUACCGGAAUCGAUGGGCCGUGAUGCCGAGGUUGGCUACAUAUUGUCACUCGGUGUGCAUCGAAAGUAUCGCCAGAAUGGCAUCGGUUCGCUGCUACUCGAUUCGCUUAUCAACCACUUAACGACGGCCGAGAGGCAUAAGGUUAAGGCAAUAUUCCUGCAUGUCCUCACAACCAACCGAACAGCUAUUCUGUUCUACGAACGUAGAGGUUUUGUUCUUCAUUGUUUCUUGCCUUACUACUACUCGAUUCGAGGGAAAUGCAAAGAUGGUUUCACGUACGUCACUUACAUCAAUGAAGGUCACUCACCAUGGUCACUAUACGAUUAUUUGAAGUACUGGUGCUCAUUAAUUGUAACUGCCGGAGGCCUUUGCUCGUACAUUUGCGGCCGAAUGCGAAGAGUGUUCCGAUGGGCAUGCCGUCGCACAGUAAACCGAUUCAACCUGGAACAAGACGACGACUAAGACAGCCUUCCUUCCAGUGCGCAGUUCCAGCACCAGCCGAACCAUCUACAUCCACUUCUCAUAGGGCCGUUUCUUACCGAAAGCAUCUUGCAUGCUCCUCGACCAUGUGGCGGUUUUAUUUUCAACUUUUUAUACAAAGAGGAUCAAAAGGAACGCCCAAAACAUAAUCGAAACCACAAAAUAGUACGUAAGUAGCUAAAUGAAAUUUGUGGCAGUCGCACUGAUUUUGUACACACACACUACUGCGAGACGGCCUCCUCGCUUUUGGCGAUGGAGUGGCGAACCGUGAUUGAACCUGCACCACACGUAUUGGAAUAUAACUUCGCAAGUUUUUACUUUGUAUGUAUCGGUUAGCAGGCAAAGGGGGUCAGCUAACGUCGAUUCGAGUGAUGAUAUGAGUAAAAGUGCAUUUUAUUUGUGAUAACACAUCUUUCAUCCGCUUUUCUUCUUCUCUGGUGGGUAAGGUUUUGAAACAUUUUCGAAUAAAAAUAGCAAGAAGUUUAUUGUUAUUAACAGCAAACAAAAUAACCGCAUCGACCAACGAGACAUGCAGAAAGAAGCGAAGAACAUAAAAAGUAUCUAAGAACAAAUCUAAGUCAGCGAUGAAUUGUAAAACAAACAUAAGCAAGAGAGAGACAUUAGAAUAAAGUGUCUGAUCGACUUUUCAAGCCAAGAGGAAGUGCAGUGAGGAAAAAAAUGAAACAAGAAAUCAUAAAGACAGUUAGCGAUAUUCGUUAUUCAGUAUGAUGGAAAGAGUUUUACCUUUUGUUUUCGGGUGCAUGUUGAGUUUGUGUUACAUUUAAAAUGUUUUCAAUGCAUGUUCUUUUCUCGCAAUGUCUAUAUAGCUGUUUGAGAAGGAAUGAACAAAAAUCUAACAAACGCAGUCAAAUAUACAAAACAGAUCCUUUUCGAUCUGAUGCCAGUUCUCUGAGAGUACCGUGGACAGGGAUAGAAAUUAAAGAAAAACGGAAUAUCGGAAUUAAUACUGCCUAAGGUAAUAUUUAUGGAACGCACAUGCAUUCUAUUCAACGUAGGUAACGAUGUACGUUUAGAAGAAA